UCUACUAAAAUUAGUGGUAUUUUAUGAAUGAAAUAUUAUCUGCAUACGAUCAAAUUUGAGAUAAAACACUUUAAUCUUCGAAUAUAAUAGUAUAAUAUUAUUUCACUUAUUUAUUAAAUUAAAGUUUUUAAAAUUUUAUUAAAAAAUAUUUCGUAGCAGUAGAUGAAGAAUCAAACAACAAUUCUGAACUUGAAAUCCAUCAGAAACAGCACACACUCCACAGCAACCGAAAUGUUUGAAGAUGCCCGCCAGAUGCUCGACGAAAUGCCAAACCGACCAAAUGCAUCUGUUCACCCUAUCAUUCUCCAUCUCAUGAUGCAGGCUGACUUGUCUUUCUCAAGAAGUGGGAAGAAGUGGCAAAGAUAUACAAGGAAAACAAAAGUGCUCACACUCUUAAGCUCACCAAAUUAGAGGACACAGCUUUCCAUAUAGCCAUCUCCUGUUACAAUCCGAAAAUCCCCAACCACGCCCAUGAAAGAUGCACCAAGGAAAUGUUCACCUUCAUGAAGGAAUGCGGAUCAGUAUCCGAGCUGGUGAGGAUGCAUAAUGUGAGAGGAGACACCCCUCUCCAUCUUGCAGCUGCAGUUGGAUGGGAGGCCAUCUGCUGACAAAUAGCUUCAUUGGAUCCGAAGCUCAUCGAUAUCCGCAACAGUAAUGGUGAGACUCCUUUGUUCAUUUCAGCUCAGCACGGCAACCUUCAGACAUUUAUCUCUCUCCAUGGCAUCUACAACCAUGGCAAGGAUAAGGGUGAUGAGUCACUCUGUCGGAGGAAAGAUGGAAAUACGGUCCUGCAUUCUGCGAUUUCUGAGGAAUACUUCAGAUUAGCAUACUUUAUAUUGGAGCACUACAAGAAUCUACUCAAUUAUGUUAAUGUUGAUGGAGAAACUCCUCUUCAUGUCUUGGCCAGAAAGCCUAACUUGUUCAAAAGCAGCUCACAGCUUGGAUUCUAUGAAUCAAUUAUCUACCAUUUUGUAUUUGUUGAUAAUCUGAAGAACCAACCAAUACAUAAUCCAAAGGACACCCAGAUUGAUGAAAUAAGUGAAGAGAAUUUCCCAGAAAAUUACCAGACAUGUAUGAGAAUCUUCCAUCUAUUAUGGGAUCCAAUUUCCAAGAGCUAUAAAGCUGGUUGUUUAAGAUCCGAGAGAGAAAAAAGUGCUCCAACAGAUCCAGAAGUUCCACCUUAUAUGGACCAUGGAGUUCCAAUAUAUGAAAGUUUCUUAGGUGGUUGCUCAAGAUCCAAGAUAAAAAAUUCCCCUUUUACUAAUGAAACCAAAGUUUAUGAUUCCUAUCCUCCCAAUUACACUACUUGCAUUUCGAUUUUCAAAUUUGCCACGAAGGUCAUCCUAACAAUUCUUGGAGUUGGAUUCUUGAAGAUAAGAAAGAUUCAUGACAAGAGAGUUCGACACUCUCAUGCGAUGCGGAUCAUGGACAAAAUGAUCGAGAUUGAACCAAGUUACAAAUACAACAACAAUGGCCAGCGCCCAAGCCAUCUCCCAGAAGCAUUCGGUAAGAUCCCCGAUAUCCCUCCCAAUGCUGAAGAACCCCAAACUACAGAAUCCAACAGCCCAGCCAUCAGUUCCUCAGCUAAAGAUCAGCAGCAAAACAAUGGUAGUAAUGAUAAGAAAGAUCAAAACCAAUCAGGAGACGAGAAGUCUAAAAGUGUAGUGAAGGACACCUCACUGUUAGUAGCAGCUAAAAUGGGAAUCCCAGAAAUGGUGAAGAAGAUACUUAGUGCAGUGCCCAUAGCCAUCCAAGAUCAAGACUCGGAAGGGAAGAAUGUGCUGAUGGUGGCAGCAGAGCACAGGAAAACCAGUGUUUUUGACUUUUUAGUGCAGAAAAAGCUCCCAGAUUAUGUGUUUCAUCAUUUUGAUAAUGAAGGAAACAACAUACUUCACCUCGCUGCAAAGCUCGGAGAGAAGCAGCCAUGGCGCAUUCCCGGUGCUGCUUUGCAGAUGCAAUGGGAGAUCAAAUGGUACAAGUAUGUGAAGAGCUCAGCUCCAGCACAGUGUUACAAUCACCCCAACACAAAGGGUGAGACUCCAGCCAAGAUUUUCACACAAACACACGAGAAUUUAGUCAAGACAGGAAACGAGUGGCUGGUAAAAACCUCGGAAUCCUGCUCCGUCGUGGUGGCUCUCAUCGCCACGGUCGCAUUCGCCACCUCCGCCACAGUCCCCUGCGGGCUAGACCAAACCCAAGGCUUCCCUAUCAUGAGAGACCGCAGAGCCUUCGACGUCUUCUCCAUCGCUUCACUGAUCGCGCUCUGCCUAUCCAUCACGGCCCUCGUUUUCUUCCUCGCGAUCAUCACUUCCCGAUUCGAGGAGCACGAUUUCAAGCAAAACCUGCCGAGGAAGCUGCUGAUGGGGAUGAGCUGUCUGUUCUCGGGCAUAGCAGCGAUGCUGCUGUCGUUCUGCGCGGGGCAUACUUUCAUACUGAGGGAGAAGCUGAGGAUAGCGGCGGUGCCUAUAUACGCAGUGGCGAUGUUACCGGUCGUGCUCUUCGCCAUCGGGCAGUUGCCUUUAUACUUUGAUAUUCUCUGGGCUGCCUAUGUCAAAGUGCCGCUGCGCAGCUACAACAUCUUCCAUCACUAGAGAUCUAUUAUCUAUACAUCUGUAACAGAUUUGAAAGUUGAAAUUUUUAUAUACAACUUUAUUACUAGUUUUCAUUAUAGUAUAUGUUUAAUGUGUUAUGAAAUGCUACUACUCAUUUCCCAAUGCAAUCUGCA